AAGAAAUUUCAGUUCAUAACAGACAGCUGCAAGGAAAGGGAAAACAACCUCCCUUUCUUCGGCCUGGUCUAAACCGAAAACGCCCAUGGAGGAAGCCGAGAAAAUGGUGGCCUUGAAGAAGGCUUAUGCUGAUAUAAUCCUCAAUACAGCUAAAGAGGCGGCCGCCAGGAUUAUGGUAUCGGAGCGCAAGGCCCUUCAAUUCCAGCAGGACCUUUUUGCCGCUAAGGAAGAGGCGCUUAAUAUGCUACUUCGACUUAAACAACUCAUGGAUUCUAAGAUUGCUGAAGCAGAAACAACAUCUUUGAGUCAACGAAGAAGGAUUGAAGAGUUUGAGUUGCAGCUCUGCCAAGCAGAUGAUACAAUACGACACCUUAGGUCUGAGUUGAAGAUAGUGCAAGAUGAAUUUCAGAAGCUGAAAAACAGCCCUCUGCAGCCACUAAGUGAAGUUGAAGGGAAUGCUGUUUCUUAUGAUGAUUCAUCAAAGGACAAGAAACCAGAUGCUUCAGAAUCCAUUAUAUGCCCUCCUCUUGUCUCAGGUCCCAGACCUACAUCAACUAAUGACAUGAAGAAUAUGCCCGUGGAUCAGAGAAAUGCAGGUGAAAAGUGCUGUCCUGCAUUGGAGAAUGCAACGACACAGAUUGAACCAUUGAUUGAUUCUUCUGUGGAGAAAUAUUAUUCUGGUAGAGAACCUGAACUUUACAGAAAUGGAUGUACUCAGAGAAUUCGUGCAUUUGAAAGGAAUGCGCUAGAUGGUGAACUGCCUCUUCCUGGACAAAGAGAUGAUCAGUGCUUGAGCUUAAAGAAUGAUUUGAUUGUCAGAGAAGGCAAAAAAGUUGAAGAGACCUCGACUGUAGCUUCUCCCAAGGAUGAAAACAUCAUGGAGAGAAACCAAACUGAGUUAGGAUUAAUGCAGCAUGAUAGCAAUUGCAACAAAGGUGAUGUGAAGUUCUUUCACAGAUUUAAGCGAAGAAGAAAAGCUAGAUGCAGAAAGGCUACCUCAUGCAGGUUUAUUCCUGAUCAGGCCAUGAAACCUCAUGAACCAUCUUUCCUUUCUCGUUCUAAACCCUCUGCCUAUUUGGUCAAUGGUGAUGUUGAAUCUGGUGAAGAUCCAUCAAAUGCAAUUGAAGGUGAGAACCAGAACUGUUCUGAUUCCCAUUUGGCUUCCCUGUCACAGUCUAAUGCAACUGGCAUGGAUACUCAAUUGGGAUGUGUUGAUGGCGUUGGAAGUGAGCUUACACUUAGUGAAGCAGGAAAUUGUCAGAAUGCUACAAGCAAGGAUUCAGCAUUGAUAGAUGAGUCAGCAUUAACAAGCCAGGAUAGCAAGGCGGCAGUUGCUUCAGGAGACACAGAGUGCAACACAAACCUUGAGACAGCUGGUGUACAGUUAAUGAAUUCUGAUCCCAAAGAUGGAAAAACAUUUGAAACCACAGGUGGGGUUCCUACUCAAGCUGUGAAUGAUAGGCUUCUUAAGUACACAUUCCGGAGAAAGCGGAAAAAGGAAUCCUUGAGCAGCCCUGAUGAGAAUGCCUCUCUUGAAAAGAAAAGCAUGCCAAAUAGGAGAACAAGAGAUAACCAAAGCAGUGCUCAAGAGCCACAAAAGUCAAGCUUGAUAAUAGAAUCAUCUCGAGAUAGUAGGCGACUGGUACAAGUUGCUCGACAGCUCAUUUCUUUGUCUGAGAAACGGUGGUGGUAGUUAGAGUUGGCUGUAUCUUACAUCCAAUGAUCCUACGUUAAGGAGAUUGAGCUUUGGGGGAACUGAAAACGGGUUCCCUAACUGGUGGAGGUCUCAACAAUCUUCAUCUCCAGAGAACGCUGAAUGACUUCCACUUAUGAAAAGGGAGCUUGAAUUCCUUGAUACUAGUUUGUGGGCGUUAUAUCUAAUAAAUUAUGAUCAUUACAGCAUUCUUUUUCUAUUUUCUCUUUCUUUUCUCCCUAAUUCCCUUUUCCCAUAGUACUCUGUUAUUAUACAACAGUAUUAUUUCUGAUAUUUCAGUGGCAUCUUUUGUUUGCCAAAUGUCAUUCAUCUAUAGGUUUUCAGGGUGGCCAUCCGGCUCUUUCAUUCAAGUAUAGGUAAUGCAUGGUAAAGGUUUCAAGUUCUCAAAUCAUGUUAUGUAGCUGUACUUUUUUCAGUGGAAGGUACGUUUAUAAAUCUGCCAUUCAUUGGCAGCUUGUUGAGAAUGGAAUUUGAAACUUGGAAGGUGAUGAAGAAGAAUCAGGGGAAGAAGAGGUAACUAGAAGACUGUUUUGAUCUGGUUCAGCUCUUCUGAAUGCCUUUUCUUCUAACCACAACAGCAAUUCUAGCAGCCUAUCGUUUUAAGAUGGUGGUGGUUCAGUGCCAUGGAUUUGGGGUUCAGCGUUCGCUUCUGAUUUCUAAGUGGUAGCGCGAAGGGUUGAAAACGUCUAAACUGCAAUGAUAUAUGAACCCAAUUGGUGGUUGAGUUGUGAUGGCUGCUUCUUUACGUGGACAAGUAAUCCAUUUUUCAGGAGAGUAAAAUUGUAAGAUGGGGGACGGAAAUGGAAUUCGAUACGAGACACUUGCCUUGAGGGCUGAGGCCCGAUCCAACCGCAACCUUCGGACUGGUUCGAUUUCACUCCAUCAAAUUCAAAAUCAAACAGGACGCCAUCACCAUCCCAGCCUCGACCCUUGGUGCUGAUAGUUUUAUAGCCUCAAUUCUAGUAUUUAUGGGAUUGUAAUGUAGCACAUUGAUGCAACACUAACAUCAACAGCCACAUAAAUGGAUGGUCGGGUUGUCGUUUGGAACUGUCUGGAAUGCGAGUUAUAUCGUGAGACCAACUAGCUCACUUGGAACCA